AUGACCGCUUCGUUUGUUACUACAAUUGUUAGUAUCGUGAUUUGCUGCGUGGUGCCCGGCGAGGGAUUAAGAAAUCAAACAGUAAUUUCUGGAGUGGUAGCAUGUGGUGGAGCCGUAUCCGAUGCAAAUUUGUAUAUAACGUCUAAAAUGAGUUAUCCAGACGAGAAGACGCAUAAAUCAAUAACGGAUGAAUUUGGUGAUUUUUACAAGACUGUUGAACUGGAUAUAGGUUAUGUAACCUUUUAUAUGGGUUAUUUAUGGGUGGAACACAAAUGCGGUGAUUAUUGCCUACAUUGCUAUGAGUUGACUAUUAGUGUAGGUAUGUUCAACAAAGGAGAUCCGAAAAUGGUAGUGGAUCUGGGUAUAAUCCAACUCCAAACGACUGAAGACGACAAUUUAUCAGUGAAAAUGAGGAAAUGUCUACGUGAUCUGAAAAACCUACCUCCUGUUCUCCCAGACGACGACCAGUUUUGA